GGCAUAAGGAAUGAGUAUUGACAUCGUUUUGAGAUGAUGAAUCGCUACACCACCCUGAAGCAGCUGGGUGACGGCACCUACGGGAGCGUGAUGAUGGGGAAGAGCAACGAAUCUGGAGAACUGGUGGCCAUCAAGAGAAUGAAAAGAAAGUUUUAUUCUUGGGACGAGUGUAUGAACUUACGAGAGGUGAAGUCUCUAAAAAAACUGAACCAUGCCAAUGUCGUGAAGUUAAAAGAAGUAAUCCGAGAGAAUGACCAGCUGUAUUUUGUGUUCGAGUAUAUGAAGGAAAACCUGUACCAGCUCAUGAAGGACAGGGAGAAUAAGAUGUUCUCUGAGAAUGAAAUCAGGAACAUCAUGUUUCAGGUGCUUUCUGGCUUGGCUUUUGUUCACAAACACGGGUUCUUCCAUCGUGAUAUGAAACCAGAAAACCUGCUGUGUAUGGGCCCAGAGCUGGUGAAAAUCGCCGACUUUGGACUGGCCAGAGAAAUCCGCUCCAAGCCGCCGUACACUGACUAUGUGUCGACCAGAUGGUACCGCGCUCCUGAGGUCCUACUGCGGUCGUCCAUGUACAGCUCCCCCAUCGACCUGUGGGCAGUGGGCUGCAUCAUGGCCGAACUCUACACUCUGCGGCCGCUCUUCCCGGGGAACAGUGAAGUUGAUGAAAUUUUUAAGAUCUGCCAAGUCCUGGGCACCGUGAAGAAGGGGGACUGGCCAGAAGGAUACCAGCUAGCCACCGCCAUGAACUUCCGCUUUCCCCAGUGCGUCCCGACCCAUCUGAAGACCCUGAUCCCGAACGCUAGCAACGAAGCUAUCACGCUAAUGAGAGACCUGCUGCAAUGGGACCCCAAGAAGAGACCCACAGCGGUACAGGCUCUGCGGUAUCCAUACUUCCAAGUGGGUCAAAUCUUAGGUCCAACUCAGGAAGUGAAGAAGAUCCAGGCCAGACCCCAGGCUCCAAACCAGCCAAAAGAGCCCAAACCCAAACUCCAACAGACGUCCACCGAGUCCAAAGAAUCACCAACAAACACCAAACCACCACAACAACAGCCUCUGCAGCCCAUCUCCAUACAACACACCGACAACACCAAACACCUCCACCAAACUAAGUCAGGGUCCCUGGGCAGUGAGAAUGGGGUCGGUGGGGUCGGGAUGGUGAAAAACGGACGCCGACGCUGGGGUCAGACCGUGGCCAAGACGUCCGACAGCUGGGAGUCGGAUGUGUCUGAAACGGCAGCUUCCAUCUCCAAAAAGCCCAGUCUGGUGCAGUCUGAGGAGGAGAAGACGAAACAACAAACACAGGUGAAGGAUCAAAAACCUUUGUACUCCUUCAGCUCUGUUACCAAGCUACCUGGCAACGUGAAGGUGAGCCAAACGGACCCCAACCUUCCCGGAUCUGCUGCACGCCAACACUAUCUCAGCCAGUCCCGAUAUCUGCCCGGACUCAUUGGAAAAGGCCAGUCUGCAGAUAAAGAGCUCGGAGCCAUGACGUUGAGAGACUUGUGGGAGAAUUCGUCAAACGCUGUAAAUAAACCGCUGGCGCCCAUUGGAGGAGGAUUAUCUGUCACCAGAGCCAACGCAGAAGAGAGAAAGACGAUACAGAGCCCACAAGAGAAUGCAGUUAUUAAAGAAAAGAGGCUGGAGAAAGUUGAUCUGUCCAAAGGCAAUUUUGUGAGCACUAAGUACAACGUUUCCGCUGGAUACAUCCCCUCGUUCCAAAAGAAAGAAGUGGGUUCGGUGGGACAGCGAAUACAGCUUGCUCCUUUGGCUGGACAGCACUCGACUAGUCUGUCCUGUUCUGAUCUUAAAAAAGAAAAAUCUAAAUGUUCAAAACCUAAACCUCUGUCUGACUCCCCUUUGAGUGAGAAUAAUGAAGAUUACGAAGACUGGAAAAAGAGAGCUGACCGGACUCAGCUGAAGGGGAACAGCUACUCCGCUUUGGGAAAAACCUCCGGAAACCUCCAGCCCAGAGCUCCUGCAGCACAGCCGGUGCACGGGAGGAUCGACUGGACGUCCAAAUACGGAGGGAAUCGGUAGUAUCGGGAAUAUUCUGUAAACUUUAAGCUGG